GGAAAAUAUAAGAUGAAAAUUUGUUUCUUAAAAGAGUUGUAACAAAAUUUGGAUGAGGGUUACAUUUUAUACAGUAAAUAAUAGAAUGUAGAAUUCCAAAUGUCUUAUCCAUAAAUGUUACGUUACAUUAACCCCCUGCUGCGUUAACUAUUUAAUUUUAAGUACCCCCUAUUCAAUUUACUUUACACCUAAAAUAAUGAAAACUUUUCAUUUUGAAUUAGUCUUUCAUAGGGGAAACAUACAAUUCGUUAUGGAGCUAGUCAAAAGUUUAUCAGUUUUUUGCUUUUUUUUGCUAUCGGCUAUUUUAUAUAUCGGAUUCGUAAAAAGUGCCAGUAUUAAAAAAGACGUGGUACAAAAAUGUCAAGAAAUACCAAAAAUAGUGUUGGCACAUGUGCUAGGAUCUGCUUUCAAUCCGAGAUACAUGAGCAUAAACAUUCCGUUUAUUGAUAACAACAAAUACAUAGACGACAGUAAUAAGAGAAAGGUCAACGCGUAUCUGCCUUUUUACGUAGGAGAUGAUCUAGUAACUGAAGACAAAAGUGACGAUGUUCCGGCUUGGAAUGUAGACUUUGGCGUUGAAAAUUUACAUCGCAGUGAUUUGCUAUCGGGGACGGUGAGAAAGAAACGGGUUGCGAAUAUUAAACCCGGAGGACCUCACUGGAAGUGCGAGUCGGAAGUGAAAUGGAUCGAUCUGGGCGUCGAUUAUUUCCCUAGGUUUUUGCGAACAGUUGAAUGCACAACGUCCGAUUGCUGGUAUGGAAGGUACAAAUGCAGACCGAGGGCUUUCACUGUAAGGUUGUUGAAGAGAAGAAGCGAUAAGUGUGAUGAGAGCGAAAUUAGUUAUAAAAGUGGCGUUUCAGGACUACCAGACGAAUUGCGCGAACUGUGGGUUUGGGAGGAAAGGGCUGUUAACUUUUGCUGCGAUUGUGCAAUAUGAUUAGGAUUUUGUAAAACUGUCCUUGGUGUAGAUAAUUUUUUAUAAAGGUAUUUCUACCUCUAAACAGUUUGUAUUAUAUUUACUUAUUUGUGGUCAUGACCAAUGGUAUUCAAUACAAUUCGAUUACUAAUUUAAUAAAUGUGUUUUUACACUACCCACUACACAACAGUCAAUCGCAAACAUGAUUUAGAAACGUUUCGAGAGGGUGUGCUAGGGAUUUAUUUCAAAAAUACUUGAAAUAUUAUAUUGCCUGCAAGUCAAUACAAAUUUUUUUUUUUUGGGUUGAAAAGGUGGAAGGUCAUGUUCAAAUGGUACAUAACACGAGAAGGGUCGUUUGUUUUAAUUGUUUAUUGCAUUCUUAUCGAUUCUGGUAAUUAAUAAUAAUUAACGUAAUUAAACUAUCAAUAAGAAGAUAUUAUCUGUACAUUUGGAUAAUAAACAACAACUUACGUUAUAUAAACCUCUACGUACCGUUAUGUUUAUAUUAUAUAUAUAUAUAUAUUGUUUCUAAAGUACAUAUCUAUUAAUACUUCCCUUAUGUAUUGAUAACGUUAUAAAUAAAUACGUAAAAAUUUACAGGCGGACAGGCACUA